UACCCAUAGCUCGAGAAAUGUAAUGAAACAUGUGAGUGAAUAAGUAUCUUUUUUUAACGCUUAACUGAUAUUUGGGCGCCCUCUACGGUCCACGGUGUACUUCAGUCAGACUGACCGUAGCGUAAGUAACAAGUUGUGCAGCGUGGCUGUGGCCAACAACAGCCGCAAUUAAUCUACAAUGAAUCUUCAGCGGUAAACGGUUCGUUCGUGACUCUUAAUAGCUGAGAACGCUACAACAUGAUUCCAUAGGCUCGUUAAUUGCACACAACUACAAAAAGAAAAACGGGUUCGGCCCACCAUCUUGGCCAAUCAGUUAUUUAGGUGUCAUAACGAAAGCGAAACGAAACUGUGACCUCGAGGACGUAUUUACCUACACAACACUAAACUGCGGCAGUCGGCUAUCUGAGCAAGACCGUUUAAGAGGUUCAUAUGGCUUCAGCAAUUGCCAUUCUGUUCGUGGGGAUUUCCUAUAUAACAGUCCCAUUGUCUGCUGAUUUUGUCACUGUGGAAUGUCAGAGCAGUACUGGGCACGCUGGUCAGCCCUCCAAGCUGGACUGUGUGGUGAAACCACAGAAUGACCUAACAAUAUUGAAGGUGUUCUGGAAGAAAGAUGGCCAACACGUGCUGACAUUUAAUGGAAGUAUAUACCCAGAGAAUGGACGGUUUCAGUUUGCAGACACCAACUGGAUGGAAAGCAAGGUUAUAUCCUUGCUUGUGAAGGAUACAAAAGUCUCAGAUGAGGGCAACUAUUCAUGCACAGUGGCGACUACCAGAGGGAUUGAAAAAGGACAUGUCAGAUUAGAUGUCAAAGCUAAGUACAGUCAGCCAGAGAUGACCUCCAAGGACAUCGAAGAAGACAGGGUGGACUUGACCUGUGUUGCAUCUGGAGGCUACCCCAGUGGCGCUAUCCACUGGUUUGACCGGCUUGGUACGAACUGGACCCGCAGUACAGAAACCACGGAGACCCAGGAGGAAGACAUGAGCUUCCAACUGCAAAGCACGUUCCUGUUAGCGGACCCCUCACACGCACCUUACACAUGUGUUGUGCUUAACAGUGAAUGGAAGGAUGAGGAAGAGGGAACGAUGCCGGGCACCCUUCUGAACAAACAGACCCCAAUCAAAACUGAGACCACGAGCAUAGUGGCUGGUGCUGUGGUCAUUGGAUCUCUUAUUGUUGGCCUGUUAGCCGCAUUGCUGUUCUUUAGGAGACGCUCUCAACGUGCCCUUCGAAGGCCCUCCGCCCAGCCCAUGCUGAGCCCUGAACAGGAACGCAUCGACUAUGACUAUGCUUCGCCUGACCCAGAAGAUGCCAGAGUGCUCAACCCUCCACCACCCUAUCAAGAGGUAGACCAGGAUCCAGUUGUACUCGACUCGCUGCAAGAUUUGGUUUCUUCUGCAGAUGAAACUGUGAAAAAACUGUGAAAAACCAGCAUCUAACAUGUACCUAUUGGAACACACACAUGUUCUCUGAUUAAUGUUCUUUUAACAGUGCCUUGUGGUACAGAAUUGACAGUUCUCCAUUGCUGUGCACAUAAGGGUCUGUGCAGUAUGUAACUGUUGUCUUUCAUGUUGUGGUUGUUGGUGUAAAUGGAUUUUUGUACUUUUAUAGGCACCUUACUAACCAAAUAAUGUCAACACACUGAGGAAGCAUAACCUUGGACAUGGAAUCUUUGUGUAUGUGUCCAGUGUGUAAUAAAUGAGACUGUUGCAUUGAAAUCAUCUUUUAAAACUCCAACCAUGUUUCCUAAUGUAUAAUACAACUUGGGAUGACAUCAGUAAGCUUUGGCUAGAGAGCAGAAAUUCACAGAGUUUAUUUGGGGACUAAGGAUCGCAGAUGUUGUUAUAAGGAUCCGGGGAAAUAGAAAGGAUCCCUAGAGAGAAACAUCUGUGUCUGUUUAUCUCAAGAACUGUAAAGAAACAGUAGAAAAACACUGUGAUCAGGUUUACUCAUAGGAUUCCAUUGUAUAGCCAUUUUGCUGUUCUAGGGUUCUAGCUAAAUACUGGACCGGUUUCGAUCGUUAAUUGUCCUUAGUAAAAGUUCAGACCCAAAAAGAUUUGUAAAAGGAUCCCAAAGUUUCCCUUCAGGUCCACAGAGACCCCAAGACUUCAGGCAGAUAGAUGGAUAGGAACAGAUGGAGGAGUCGAAUGGAAUCUGUUUCCUGUCUUGCAUCAUCAUUGCUUAGAUUAUCUUAGCCUUUUUGGACUUGAAACGUGUCGCUGCUGCACUUUCUUUUUUUUGCUGUAAUCAAUGCACUGUUUUGUAAUUUUGGAUUUAUUGCUGUACAUAAAAAAUGUCUAUUAACUGUACUGUCAAAUUUGCUAUGCUAAAAGAGACAGCUUUCAGAACUCUGUAUUAAGCUUACUGUGUGUAUUGUAGCAUUAUGUGUGUUGAGCCAUUGAAAUGUGAUUUUUAUGCUUUUUCUUUAGGUAUUUCUAUUUCUAUUUCAUAUGAAUAUGUUCUGUGUUCUGAUGAACAUGAUUUACUUACUAAACCAAAAUACUCUUUAAGAACUAAAAAUAAAGACAAUUAACACAUUA